CUCUCCACAGCCCUCACCAGCUCGCGUACCCUCUUCCGCCCGGAGUCGCUCGCCUGCCGCACCGCGCAGCAAUGUUCCCAUGAGCAAUCUCUUCUCCUCCUUCCUCAUCGACCCGGUGGUCCGCCAGGCACGCCGCUUCUCCACUGCCACUCCUAGCGGCGAUAACGAUGAGGGCAGCGGCCUGUCACAUGCAAUUCAUGACCACGCUCGCUCCUCUUCUCAUCCACCUCCUCCUCCUCCACAAGCACUAGCUUCGGCGGCCGUAGAGCACUCGAGUACUUCCGCCAUUGCAUUUGAGCCUUCUGACGGCCUCCAUGUUGGUCAACGCAGUCAACAGCCGCCACCCGCCGCACCCAUAAACAUACACCCGGAUGCAGCGGCGACCUCCUCGGACGACGAGUCCGCGCUCGUGAACGACUUACAACGAGUCAAUCUCAGCACCCCCAUAUCCUCAUCUUCAACCGCCAUCAGAGAAGGCCAUGCGCUCCCGUCAAGUAUCGACAGUGGCGGGGCCAUGUCCGGUUCACUCCCGGCCGACGACGGCAUGCGCCAUCUGCGCGAGCGCAUUCACCAAAUCCGGGAUCUCAGCAUCGCCGAGGAGGAAAAGGCUCGAAUGAUGCACACCAUCAUGACAGAGCGGUACAACUUGCUUCGCCCGCAGUCUCCUAGUAGCUUCAUCUCCCACGAUCGUCCCUUCACCCCCACCUCUGGCCAGUCUGUCUUCUCGGAUGCUCACAUAUCCUCGCCCAUCUCCGCCCUCUCCGAGCUCGACCCUGAGAAUCCCUUCCAUCUGCGGCCUGGAGAUACCGAGCCAACUUACCGAGAGCCUCCUCCGCGUGAGCACUGGGAGGGUGGAUUCGAAGACGAUGAUCCCGAUUCAGCCGAGGACGGCCCUUCCUUUGGCUGUCAGCAUUACAAACGGAAUGUAAAGGUGCAGUGCUUUGAGUGCCGACGGUGGUACACCUGUCGCCAUUGCCACGAUGCCGUCGAAGUCCACAAGCUGAACCGGAAAAGGACCGAAAAUAUGCUCUGUAUGGCGUGUGGCACACCUCAGAGCGCUUCCGAGCAUUGCAUUCGCUGCGGACUGCAGGCCGCCUGGUACUACUGCGACAUCUGCAAGCUCUGGGAUGACGACAGCAACAAUAGGAUCUACCAUUGCCCUGAUUGUGGCAUCUGCAGGAAGGGAGAGGGACUGGGGAAAGACUACAUCCACUGCAAACGAUGCAAUGUCUGCAUAUCAAUCAGCCACGCCGACAGUCACAGGUGCUUGGAACGAGCCAUCGAUUGCGACUGCCCCAUCUGCGGAGACAACCUGUUUGAUUCGUCCACUGCUGUUGUGUCGCUACCUUGCGGCCACUACCUGCACAAAGGAUGUUACAAUCUGUACAUGGAGACUGCGUACAAGUGCCCCAUGUGCAAGAAGAGCGCCGUGAAUAUGGAACUCCAGUGGCGGAAACUGACACAAGCCAUCGAGGGCCAGCCAAUGCCCGAAGAGUUUGCAAACACAAGGGCGGUGAUUCAAUGCAACGACUGCUCGGCAAAAUCGGCUGUGAAGUAUCACUGGCUUGGCAACAAGUGCGAGACUUGCGACUCUUACAACACAAAUGAACUUCGACUGCUCAGCGGUCCCGAGAGCGAAGAGGCCGCAAAUGCUUUCCUCUCGUCCGACGCAGAUUCAGGGGCCAGGUCUCCCGCAAGUGCCACAUCCCCUUCCUCUGUGGCCCUGCGCUCGCCGCGAUACUACUUCCAACCUGACCAGCCGGAGGAGACAUGGCUGCCGGGUCAGCUACCAUCGUUCAGCUUCCAGAUUCCACAGCUUCCUGGGAUGCCUCACUUUCCAGGAAUGCCUCAAUUCCCUGGCAUCCCGCAGAUGCCCCAUUUUCCCGGGAUGCCUCAAUUACCUCAACUGCCGCCGCUCCCGCAGAUGCCGCAAAUCUCAUAUCCGUAUGAGCUCAUGGAGAGAUUCAGUCGAUCCUUGGCUCAGUAUCUCAACCCCACGGACGACGCACCAGAGGAUCAUGCGGCCAAGCUCGACCCUGCUGAGGAACCUCCGGAGUGGCGGACCGCCGAUGGUCCUACCGUACGAUUACCGUUGCUAUCGCAAUACGUCUUGGAGCGCUUCAAUAGAUCCUUGACUCCCUUCCGGAACUAUCUCAACACUUCGCUGGAUAAUAUUCCGCGAUUGGACUUAUCUGAGGGCAGGGAUCCCGAGGGGUUGCAGUCCUGGGGAGAAGACGGCCAGCGAUUGAAUGAAUUCCUCUCAAGGGGAGAGGACAGAGAUGACGAUGACGACGAUAGCUCUAGCGGGGAGAGCGUCGAGGAGGAGGAAGAAGAGGAAGAGGAGGAGGAAGAAGAAGAGGAGGAAGGCGCAGAUGCUACGAAAGAGGACAAACUAGACUUCAGCUUGCCUUGGAAGCCAUAAGGCGGUCACUGUUGGUGGGCCUACGAUUCAUGAGGAGCGAAUAAGUCGGCUUACGAUUUCCUAAUUGCAUAUAAGGGCGCAAUAGGCUUUUUGGGGUUAUUGAUACCACUGGAUUACCAUGCGUACAUGUCGCCCUAUGAAUAUACUGCCGCUGAUGAUGCUGCGGCUUCCACAUCAUAGCAUUUCCUGUCCUAUAACUGACUUCAUGUUUCUCUGCUACGAAGCCAUUUAUAUCUAGAUUUUAUAAUC